AUGCACGCAAGACAAGAAGAGACGGAGUCCAGCCACGGCGAGCACCUCAUCUCAGAAUACUUCUAUUCAGAAAUCGACGACUACUUCGUCCAGCAGAAGCACCACUACGUCUACGAAAUCCACAUCCACGAAAACCUCAUCGAAGAGUUUUGGCAGCACACCGAGCACGCUCAGCACCACUACGACGAAGACCAGCACUUCGGCAGCGAAUCCGCGAGGUUAUCGCGAACCUUGAAGUAG